CAUUCCCCUUCCCAUAUUUCAAUCCCAAUUCCCAAAUCAAAACCUCUUCCAGAGCUUCGCGACUUCAACACUACCAAAUAUGAUUUCUUCUGUGGCCUUUCAACCGUCAAUUCCCGCCGUUAACUUCUCCGGUAAAGCCGCGACCUCGCCGUCCUGUAAGGCCAGAUCCCGCCCAAUAGUCGCCUUCGCCACCGCUACCGCCACUGCAACCGAGGAAGCUCGAUCUUCCUGGACGGAGAAACCACGCCCAUCGUAUCUGAACUCCUCAUGCUCUUCUCACUACGAUAUCCUCGGCAUCCCCGCCGGUGCCUCCGUCCAGGAAAUCAAGGCCGCGUACCGGCGGUUGGCCAGAGUCUGCCACCCGGACGUGGCGGCGAUCGACCGGAAAAAUUCCUCCGCGGACGAAUUCAUGAAGAUCCACGCCGCGUACUCCACUCUCUCGGAUCCUGACAAACGCGCCAACUACGACCGGAGCCUAUUCCGGCGACAACGGCCGCUGUCGACCGCGGCGGUUUUUUCCGGCUACACGCGCCGGAACUGGGAAACGGAUCAGUGCUGGUAAUGAGUCACUGAGUCGACUCGCCGAGCGAAAAGUGAGAAGACGCGGUUAUUGAAGCGCCUUUCCUUGCAUAUAAAUUAUUAAUCACUAAUUCGUAGUUAAUAUAUCUCCUUAGGGUAGAAUAGACGGCACUAGUACUCAGUACUACAUGCCAUUUGUAAUAUAAAUUUUCAUCAAAUGACAAAAAAAAAACGAAAAGAGAAUUCAAAGUGCCCAAUAAGUUCGUUAG